AUGAUAUUGAAUACAUUCAAAUAAUAAAUAAUGAAAAAGAUAUCUUAUGGUUUCUCAUAGUUGAUGAAAUUGCAUUUACAUGACUAUCAUGUUAAUUUAAAAGCCAAAAUGGUUCCAUUUGCAGGAUAUGAUAUGCCUGUUUAAUAUCCUUUAGGAGUAUUAAAAGAGCAUCUUUAUUGCAGAGAAUCAUGUGGAUUAUUUGAUGUAUCACACAUGGGAUAAAUAAAAGUAUUUGGAGAAGACAGAAUGAAAUUUGUAGAAACUCUAACAACUGGAGAAUUUUAAUGUAUGUAUAAUUGUAAUGAAUCAAUAAUUAGCAAAGAAAUCAGGAUAAAGUGUUUUAUGUUUGAUUUUGAAUGAGAAAGCAGGCAUAAUUGAUGAUACUAUAGUUGCAAAACGAGAUGAUCACAUGUAUAUAUAUUUGCAUUAAAUUAAAAAGUCACAUUGUUGUUAAUGCUGGUAAUAAAUUCAUUGAUAUGAAACAAAUGGAUAAAAUCAUAAAGGAAUACAACUAUAAAGUAUAAUAUGAAUAUUUGAAAGACAAACCUUUAAUAGCUGUUCAAGGUAUAUAAAUUAGAUUCUAUUUUUAGGACCAAAUGCUCAUAAAGUAUUGAAUGAAGUUUUCGGAACAGAACAUAAUUUAGAUAAAAUACCAUUUAUGUUUAUGGUGAAUAUAUAGAAAAAUGGAAUAGAUUAUUAAGUAAAUAGAUGUGGUUAUACUGGUGAAGAUGGUUAUGAAAUAUCUGUUGAUAAUUCUAAAGCUGAAGAAUUGUGUGAUAAAUUAUUGGCUACUAAAAUGACAUAAUUUUGUGGUUUAGGAGCUAGAGAUUCUUUACGUCUUGAAGCUGGAUUAUGUUUACAUGGUCAUGAAAUGGAUGAAACUAUUUCUCCAUAUGAAGCUAAAUUAAUGUGGACUGUUCGUAAACCUAAUGUAUUACUCUUAUUUAUCAAUUUAGAAAGAUACUGGUAAAUAUAAUGAAUCAGCUGCAUUUAUUGGAAGAGAUGCUUUACCUUAAAGAUAAAAAGAUUCUAAAUUCAAAAGAAUGGGAUUCAUUACUUAAUCAGGUAUAGCUAGACCACCUUGUGAUAUUGAAUUCUAAGGUUAAAAAAUAGGUUCUGUUACAAGUGGCACUUAUUCACCUAAUCUUAAAAAAGGUUUAGGAUUUGCUUUCAUUAAUAAUGAAUAUGCUAAAGAUGGAACUUAAUUAUAAGCUGAUAUUAGAGGAUCCAAAGUUAAUAUCACUUUGAGUCCAACUCCAUUUGUACCAUAAAGAUAUUAUAAACCAGAUAAAUAGUGA